CCCGCGUGGCCGGAGCUCUGUCUGGUUCCCUCCGUGGGGCGCAGGAUUCCCUGGCGCCCAAGUCCCUGGACUGGGUGGGUGGACGGGACUCUUGGCCCAGGCAGCUUAACUUCCCGGGAUUCAGUCACCCGCUUUGGCCCUGCAGUGUGCACUGGAAAGCUGCGGCUCACCCACUUUCUCUGUGGGAAUCCCAGCCCCGUCCUCCUCCUGUGGCCUAAAGCCUCUGCCUGCCUGGCGCAGGGCCAGCCCACCUUGUGCCCCAGAUCCCUCUCUCCGGAUAAAACCCCAGGCUUGCCGGCGGGAAAGACUUCCGUUGGAGGUCCCUGGUUCAGGAGCCCACUAGAGCCCUUAGGGCCCUGCCUGGAGGCUUUGUCGGCUCUGUCUCGGGUCAGAGGUCAGCAGCCAAGAGAAUUUGCUGAGUCAUCAGCUGGGGUGGGAUAAGCGCCCUUCCCUCCCUUCAGGCCGGCGUUGGUAGGCAAAUGUGGAGAGGCAGCUGUUGGGGUUCCCAUAGCUGGGAGUGGCCACUGCCGGGUACACAGGUCAGGGGCAUGGGGACCUGUGUAAGGAGACAGGCAGAGGCCUGAGGUGGUCAGGGGCCCGCGUGUGGCUUCGUGCGGCUGGGCAGGGCCCCCUACACACUCCCCCAGGACAGGGCCCCUUCCCCACCCUCGGAUCCCCACCCACUCUGCAUGCAGCCUGGACACUUGGUGUUGAUUCCCUUCCCCAGUAAAGUAGGAGGGAAGGAGGUCCCUUCCAGUAUGUUUCCCUGACGUGUGAAGUGGCACCCUCAAGGGCUGUCAGCAGGAGAGCGGCCGCUCCCCAGUCAGAUACAGUUCAAGAUAACACACACCCUGUGGUCACAUACAGGGUCAGGACCCUGGUGCAAACAGGACCCUGACCACAUACCCUCGUGUGGUCAGCCUGCAUCUGGUCCUGGUACAGUGAGGACGCAUGGCCACCCCAUGUGUACCCAGAUACACCUGCGAGCGGUGCCCUCUCUAAGGCACAGCAGGUUUUCCUCAAUCAGACCAAGUAGCCUCUCCACUGGGUGUGACUGAAUACACACAGAGGCGUCCCCCACCCCCACCUCUACGUCACUUCUCCCAGGAGGGCAGACAGGAAAGAUGCCCCAAGUCAUCCCUACCCUCCCAACUGUCUCCAGCAGGCCACUGACCCUGUCCAGUCAGCACUGUCCAGCUGCACCUACAGGGGCUGGGGGCACUGCCUGUCGGCCCACAUUCAGGAAGUCACAAGCCAGACAGGAUGAGCUUCUUGUGACCCUCCUUCCAGAUUAGGGAGAUAUGAGCAACCAGGUCCCUGGCCCCAACAUGGCCCGUCGCUCCCAGAGCUCCUCCCAGGGGGACAACCCUCUGGCUCCCGGGUACCUGCCCCCGCACUACAAAGAGUAUUACCGCCUGGCCGUGGAUGCACUGGCUGAGGGCGGGCCAGAGGCAUACAGCCGCUUCCUUGCUUCCGAGGGGGCGCCUGCCUUCCUGUGCCCUGAGGAGCUGGAGCACGUGAGCCGCCACCUGCGACCCCCGCAGCAUGUUGCCCCUGAGCCCCCGGAAGGCAGCCCCCCCAAUUUGGACUUCGAUGGCUCCUCUGGUACUUACUGGCCUGUGAACUCCGACCAGGCAGUUCCUGAACUCGACCUAGGCUGGCCCCUGACCUUUGGCUUCCAGGGCACUGAGGUCACCACACUGGUUCAGCCGCCGCCACCUGACAGCCCCAGCAUCAAGGAUGAGGCUCGAAGGAUGAUCCGCUCUGCCCAGCAAGUGGUGGCUGUGGUGAUGGACAUGUUCACCGAUGUGGACCUUCUCAGUGAAGUGCUGGAGGCCGCUGCGCGCCGCGUCCCAGUCUACAUCCUCCUAGACGAGAUGAAUGCACAGCACUUCCUGGACAUGGCCGACAAGUGCCGGGUCAACCUGCACCAUGUGGACUUCCUGCGCGUGCGCACUGUGGCCGGCCCCACCUACUACUGCCGCACUGGGAAGUCCUUCAAGGGCCAUGUAAAGGAGAAGUUCCUCUUGGUGGAUUGUGCCGUGGUGAUGAGUGGGAGCUACAGCUUUAUGUGGUCCUUCGAGAAGAUCCACCGGAGUCUGGUACACGUGUUCCAGGGCGAGCUGGUCUCCAGCUUCGAUGAGGAAUUCCGCAUUCUCUUCGCACAAUCCGAGCCGCUGAUACCCUCGCCCGGAGCACUGGCCCGCAUGGACGCCUAUGCCCUGGCUCCAUACGCAGGGGCUGGGCCGCUCAUGGGCGGCCAGAUACCCGGGGCUCCUACCCCCUUCUCCUUCCCCAAACGCGCCCACCUCCUGUUCCCACCACCUCGGGAAGAAGGCCUGGGCUUCCCCUCCUUCCUCGACCCCGACCGCCACUUUCUGUCGGCCUUUCGCCGAGAGGAGUCUUCACGGAUGCCCGGGGGCGCCCUGGAGCCGCACGCGGGGCUGCGGCCGCUGUCGCGUAGGCUGGACGCAGAGGCUGGGCCAGGUGGGGAGCUCUCGGGUCCGCGGGGCUUCUUUCAGGCGCGGCACCUAGAGAUGGACGCCUUUAAGAGGUACAGCUAUGCGGCCGCCGACGGUGCGGGCGCAGUGGAGAACCUGGCGGCCGCACGGCAGGUAUCACGGCAGACGUUCCUCAGCCACGGCGAUGACCUCCGCUUCCAGACCAGCCACUUCCACCGCGACCAGCUCUACCAACAACACUACCAGUGGGACCCUCAGCUUGCUCCGGCGCGCCCACAAGGCCUGUUCGAGAAGCUUCGUGCCAGCCGUCCUGGCUUCCCCGACCACGACGAAUUCACACUGGGCACCGGGCCACGAUUUCCGGAGCUCGGCCUGGACGGACACCAGCGGCUGGACUACGUGCCAUCCAGUGCCUCGCGGGAGGUGCGCCAUGGCUCAGACCCCGCCUUCGGGCCCGGGCCCCACGGUCUGGAACCCGGCGGGGCCCCUCGUCCCAACCUGGGCCAGCGCUUCCCUUGCCAAGCAGUGACGAGGCUAGGCCCUGAGACGGCGCCCCAGCCCGAGCCGGAGCGCAGGGGUGGGCCCGAGGGGCGGGCCGGACUGCGGCACUGGCGCCUUGCCUCCUACCUGAGCGGCUGUCACAGCGAGGACGCUGGAGACGAGGGCCUGCCUGCACCCAUGGAGGCCGAGGCCUAUGACGAUGACGUGCUGGUUUCUGGGGGUCGGGCGACCGCUGGGGACCUGCUUCCCUCGGCCUUCCGUGUGCCUGCGCCCUUCCCAGGCAAGGGCCUAGUGCCGGGCUCGGGCAGCGGUGGCGGCGACUGCCCGGAGCGCGAGGGCCCGGAGGAGGCGGGCCUGGCCAAGCAGGACUCUUUCCGCUCACGCCUGAACCCGCUGAUCCAGCGCAGCUCCCGGCUGCGCUCCUCACUCAUCUUCAGCGCUUCACAGGGCGAGGGCGUGGGCGGAGCUGCGGGGGCCUCCACGGAGAAGGCGCAGCUGCUGCACAAGGAGCAGACGCUCAGCGAGAUGCUGGGGUCCGGUGGUGAAGCCGUGCGCUCCGCUACCUCCACCAAGGUGGCCGAGCUCCUGGAGAAGUACAAGGGCCCCUCUCGAGACCCUGGCGGCGUGGGGACAGCAGUCACAGUCGCAAGCCAUAGCAAGGCUGUCGUGUCCCAGGCGUGGAGGGAGGAGGUGUCUGCGCCUGGCGGCGGCGGUAGCAGUGAACACCGCAGCCUGGAGAGCUGCCUGCUGGACCUGCGUGAGUCCUUUGCACAGCAGCUGCAUCAGGAGGCGGAGCGACAACCCGGAGCUGCCACUCUCACCGCUACCCAGCUGCUGGACACGCUGGGCCGGGGCAGCAGUGGCACGGACCGGCUGCCCUCCCGCUUCCUGUCCGCCCAGGGCCACUCCACCUCCCCGCAAGGGCGGGACAGCCCCCCACCAGAGUGGCCUGGGGGGCACCAGUCUGAGCCAAAAGGGAGCCCCACCUCAGCCUACCCGGAGCGCAAGGGGAGUCCCACUCCUGGGCUUCCCGCCCGUAAAGGCAGCCCCACCGCUGGAUUUACUGAGCAGAAGGGGAGCCCCACUUCUGUCUACCCUGAGCGCAGGGGCAGCCCGGUGCCUCCUGUUCCAGAGCGCAGGGGCAGCCCUGUGCCCCCUGUGCCUGAGCGCAGGGGCAGCCUCACCCUUCCCUUCUCCGGGGAGUCUCCGAAGGCAGGGCCCACAGAGGAGGCGGUUGGCGGCCCCAUGGAGGUCCUGCGCAAAGGCUCCAUGCGACUGCGGCAGCUGCUGAGCCCCAAGGGUGAGCGGCGGGCAGAGGAUGAGGGCAGCUUUCCGAUGCCGCAGGAGAACGGGCAGCCUGAGAGCCCCCAGCGGCCGUCCCUAGGCCGGGUUGACAGCACCGAGGUGGCUGCAGAGGAGCGGGGCCCGUGGGCGCGCGUGUCUUCAGCCACAGCCAAUGCCUUGUACAGCAGCAACCUGCGGGACGACACAAAAGCCAUCCUGGAGCAGAUCAGCGCCCACGGCCAGAAGCAUCGCGGAGUCCCUGCCCCAGGCCCGACCCCGGCCCACAGCAGCCCAGAGCUGGGUCGCUCGCCAGCGGCCGGCAGCCUGGCCCCUGACAUGUCCGACAAGGACAAGUGCUCGGCCAUCUUCCGCUCGGACAGCCUGGGGACCCAAGGCCGGCUGAGCCGCACACUGCCUGCCAGUGCAGAGGAACGCGACCGGCUCCUGCGCCGCAUGGAGAGCAUGCGCAAAGAGAAGCGUGUCUACAGCCGUUUCGAGGUCUUCUGCAAAAAGGAGGAGCCGGGGGCUCCCGGGGCAGCGGAGGGCCCAGCCGAGGAGGACGCCAGGGACAGCAAGGUGGGCAAGUUCAUGCCCAAGAUCCUGGGUACAUUCAAAAGCAAGAAGUGAGUCACCUGGCCUUCCAGCCCAGGCCGAGGUGCCUGCUGGGCAGAACACUUGGCCCUCAGCCAAAGCCCAGGGAACCGGCUGGGCCAGCCAGAGCUCCGCUCCACCUGAGGCUCAGCCAGCGGCCCUGCCGGCCUCGUGCCCCUGGGUCUCUCCUCCCUUAGAGUUUCAGCCCCAGCUGCCCGCUGCCUUACCACCCCAGCUCUGGCCCUUCACACCUCCGCCUCUGGAGCCUCAGCCUCCCCCUUCUUAGGCAUCUGUUUUCCCCCAUCUCUCUGUGCCUUAGGCCCCCAUACUCUGGGGUCCACAUGUCUCAGGGCUUCUGUGUCUCAGGGGUCCCCUCUGCUCAUGGCCUGGCUGUGCUGCCCCUGUCCACUGCCUGGCAGCCCCCUCCUCUCUAGGCCUUCAUCUUCUCAGGGCCUGUUUCUGCACCUGCAGUCUUAGGGCUCACUUCCUGCCCUUUCCCCAGCACGUCCCUCCUUCCCUCCCUCCGGACCCUGCAAGGGCGAGAACUGGGCUUUGUGGCACAACAGCCCAGUGGGUGAUGGGAGGCCCUGGCCGGCACCCUGCAAGGGUGAGAACCGGGCUUUGUGGCACAACAGCCCAGUGGGUGAUGGGAGGCCCUGGCCGGCACCCUGCAAGGGCAAGAACCGGGCUUUGUGGCACAACAGCCCAGUGGGUGAUGGGAGGCCCUGGCCUCACGAAGCGUUCCUGACAGACACGUGUUCCCAGGUCCAUCUGCAGCCACGCUGCAGAAAGGGCUGGAUGUGGAGCCUUGUCCUGUGAGGGCAGAGGACGGCGUGCGAUGGCUCCUGAGCCCCGGCACGCUGCUCUGAGGGGUCUCAGUGUCCCUGACAUGGGACCUCUGCACCUCAGUCCCUCAUCUAAGUGGUCCUUGCCCUGCAGGUGCCCAGCAGACCCAGACUCCACCCUCUUGUGCAUCCUUUCCCCUUUGUCACCAGCCCCCCAAAAAUCUGUCCAAGGUUCCCCAUUUAGCUUGCUUGUAUCUUUUUUUUUCACCUCCAGACAGUAACUGAUCUGGAAUGAUUCAUUUUGGCACCAAAUGCUUUGAAAGCCACCCCUCCCCCCACCAUAGGUGCUGGUAUUGUUAAAUUAGUGUUUGUGCUAUUUCUUUUUAAAUAGUUUUUUUUUUUUUAAGUAUAGGAAAGCCUAAUUGCUCUUUGGGGACUGUUGGGUGUGGCCACAGUCCUGACUGAGCCCCUGCGCCCUGGUGGCCCGUGGUCUCGUCACCAAAGCCACCACCCAGGUGGGGUGACAGCAGAGACUUUGGUUCGAAUGGAAAAGGCCUCUGGGGAGCCGGAUGAGCCGGAGCAUCUCUGGUCCUCGAUGUGCUUGCUGACACGUUUGGUUUGGCCUGGCCUGGUGUGCAGCUGUUCUGAGCAGACCAGGCUGGGCCUGUCGCUGACGGAGAGCCCUCGCAGGAAGUGGAGGUUCUGCCCAGGGAGAGACCCGAGGCCUUCGGACCCUCCCAUCUGCGUCCUCCACGUCAUGCUUAAUAAGACCUCACCUCAAAUGUGAUUCUGCACAUUUUGGUGUUAAUAAAAAAAAACACAACACACGAAA